AUUUUUGUACAGAAUCACUAGAAAUCAAAUUAUUCUGCUCUGGAACUUUCGCAAGUAGUACAAUCAAAGAGACUCACUCAUCCUUCCUUUCCUCAUCGCAUCGCAAUAAAACGAGACUGAGCCUGAGGCAUUCUUCCCCUUCAUUUUUGCUUCAGUAAAAAACGACAAGGGGAAAAUCAAAGUGCCGAGAGAGACAGAGAUGAACGACGACACGAAGAAGAGCAUUGCGGGGCCUCUUAUGGCGAAACCCAACUCCGAAGAUCGGAAGCUGUCAUCGGCGGCGGCGGCCACACCCACCCCAACCAAGAAAGUCAUCAUUAAGAGUGCUGAUAUGUUGCCCGACAUGCAGAAAGAGGCCGUAGAUAUCGCCGUCAAUGCAUUUGAGAAGCACAACAUAGAGAAAGAUGUUGCCGAGCAUAUAAAGAAGGAGUUCGAUAAGAGACAUGGACCCACUUGGCAUUGCAUCGUUGGCCGUAAUUUCGGUUCGUACGUGACUCACGAAACAAACCACUUCGUUUAUUUCUAUUUGGAUCAGAAAGCAGUUUUACUAUUUAAAUCAGGCUAAGCUGUAUUAUAUGGGUGACAAGGAUGGACAGGAAGUUUCUUGUGAUUAAGCUGCUAUAUUUAACUCCUGUAUGUAUGGAAUUCACUGGCUCGCAAACUCGUUUCAGGACAUUUUUGUGCUUGUAUAUUUUUCAUGUAAACUGGAUCUGAUGUCUGGCUUUGAAUUUCAAGUUCUCAAUUCUAGUCCUCCCAUUUGUUCA